UUUGUGUCUAUGCUACCUCACACUUUAUUCUUUUUCCUCCUUUUGGAAAAGCAAAAUUAGAUUCGUCAGUAGCUGUGCGAGCGUGAGAACAUAUGGUUUCAUCAGCAAUAUAAUCUCCCAUUUUCUUCUCCUUAUUAUUAUACUUUCAACUCCACUACAUAUAGGCGUUGCCUUUUCCAGAAAUAUCGUACGUUGUUUCUUCUGAAUAGGUUUUGAUACUUCUGAGUUGAGGCAUUCAACUCUGCCUGCUUAGAGAAGGCAGUUAAUAAGCCUCAGUUGUGCGGAAGGAUGGUUAACUUGGAGCAGCCAAAGCGAAGAGUUGCCUUUGUGCUUAUUGAUGGUGUGGGAGAUGUCUCUCUGCCAAGAUUUGGUUAUAAAACCCCGCUUCAAUUGGCCAAAAUACCAAAUUUGGAUGCUAUAGCAUCUGCCGGAGUUAAUGGUUUGAUGGAUCCUGUUGAAGUCGGCUUGGGUUGUGGAAGUGAUACCGCCCAUCUUUCUCUACUGGGCUACGAACCUAGGGUAUAUUAUCGAGGUCGGGGUGCAUUUGAGUCAAUGGGUGCCGGGUUGGCAAUGUCACCAGGAGAUAUUGCAUUUAAGUCAAACUUUGCUACGCUGGAUGAGGAAACCGGAAUAGUUGUUAGCCGGAGGGCUGAUAGGCAUUUUGAAGAAGAAGGGCCAAUUCUUUGUGCAGCAUUGGAUGGAAUGAAGUUGCCCUCUUUUCCUGGAUAUGAAAUUAGAGUCAGGUAUGCUACGGAGCAUAGAUGUGGAGUGGUUGUCAAGGGACCAAAGUUAAGUGGAAACAUUUCGGGAACUGACCCAUUGAAAGACAACCGCUUACUUUUACAAGCGAAGCCUCUUGAUGAUACAGAUGAAGCAAAGCACACAGCUGCAGUUGUCAAUGAACUGUCUAAAGAAAUUUCGCGCAUUUUGCUUGCCCAUCCAUUGAAUGCAAAACGGGCAGCAGAAGGAAAGAAUGUUGCAAAUGUGGUUCUCUUACGAGGAUGUGGCAUUAGAAUUGAGGUUGCUCCAUUUGAAAAGGUACAUGGUCUCUGGCCAUGCAUGGUAGCUCCUACCAAGAUUAUUGCUGGCUUGGGUUUGUCACUGGGGAUUGAUAUUCUGGAAGCACCUGGAGCGACAGGAGACUAUAGGACUUUAUUAACAUCAAAAGCAACUGCCAUUGCCAGGGCACUCUCGGCACCUUUGCAAUCUUGUCCAAAUGUUUUUGUGCCCGGGGAAGAUGAGCACAAGCCUGGUCGAUUUGAUGGCUAUGAUUUUGGGUUCCUCCACAUUAAGGCAAUUGACGAUGCAGGUCAUGAUAAAGCAAGUGUGUUCAAAGUGAAAGGACUGGAAGCUGUCGAUUGUGCUAUAGGACAAUUAGCUAGGCUUCUUUGGGAGGCCGAAUCACCGGGGAAAUUCAGCUAUUACCUUUGUGUCACUGGAGACCACUCCACGCCUGUAGAAUAUGGAGAUCACAGCUUUGAACCGGUGCCAUUUGCAUUAUGUAGUUUAAAAGACUUUGUCAGUGCUUUGGGUGGAGAAUCUGUACUGUCAGGCAUUUCCCUUGAUCCGUUUCCCCUUCCAUCCGUCCAAGCUGGCGAAGACCUAGAUACUGCUACAAGGAUUGAACAAGAACAAAAUAAGAAGCUUCAGUUUUCUGCUGGUGAUUCGGUUGACAAGUUCAGUGAAAUAGCAGCUGCUAGAGGUUGUCUUGGCCGGUUCCCCGGGAGUGAGAUGAUGGGAAUCAUAAAGGCAUAUCUUAAACUUGAAGCUUGAUUGAUGUGAACCUGAAGUUCUUACAUACCCAACUGAAGCUUCAAAUCAGACAUAAAAAUUCACAAUAAUUUAACCUUCUCUGGAGGAGAAACAGCAGUAAUGUCUCAGCUUUUUAAUAAAGUGGAGUUUCAUGCUUCUUCUCAACCUAAACAAUCGGCUAUUAUUUGGUUAGAUUUCUUUUUCGUUCUUUUGCUGAUGCUGCAAGUACUUUUCAUGAUUGUAUGCCUGUGGCAUAAAAUUUGGUUGUUCCGUUUAUAGUAGGGGUGCUUAUUGGUCGGUUAUGUUUUGUAUGUUUCGUCGGUUUGUAAACAUGUUAGUUUUUUCUUUAGAUAAAGCGGAAGCUCGUUCCUGGCCUCUUUGGCAGUA